AUGAGUCUUCCUUCUCCUACAUUUAUCUUCACCAUCCCAUCUGUCCAUGACGAUACUAUUCUGAACUGCCGUUUGUACGUUCCUCGCAAGAAUCUUGUACUCCAUGAUAUUCAGCCACCAAGAGCUGCUAUAAUUGCGCACCCAUAUGCCCCUCUUGGUGGUUGCUAUGAUGAUCCAAUUGUGGAAAGUGUGGGCUUCGUGCUAUGGAGGGCAGGCUACUUGAUUGGGACAUUCAACUUUAGAGGGGCUUCAGGUGUGGCAGGUCAUACAUCGUGGUCAGCAAAGCCUGAGCUUGGAGAUUUCGUCUCGAUGUAUGGUUUUAUGAUCAAUUACCUGAAUUGUUUGAUAUUGGGCAGAGGCCGUUAUCAGCGUAAUACAAACCAGCAACUAUCUUCUAUACCUUCGGCUAUCGAGGGAGAAGAAUUACCUAUAAAGCCACAUCUUUCUCCAAGACUCCUCUUGGCCGGUUACUCAUACGGAUCCAUAAUUACAUCUCACCUGCCUGAUGUUGAAUAUGUCGCAAAGCUGUUCAAGAACGCUGUUAGCGGCUCUGCAGAAAGCGAGAUCCAGCUCAGAGCCUCCAAUCUAUCAAGCCAGACGUUAAAGGACCUCGAGACCAGGCAGAAGCACAACCGGGCCAAGACAAGCCGGAGAACUCCCACAACGCAGGCCAAUCCAGGAUCAUUGCAGUCCUCUUCCUCUGUUCUGGUAGGCGGCUUUGAAUCGGAAGCUGCAGAGGAGAGAAUUGAUCGCGAAUCUAGAAGAAGUCUAGACCUUCGAAAGAGCUUGGAUCGUGUUCGUGAGAAGAUUCAUGUUAGACCGCAUCGCGUGCCCGACAGCAGCGACACAUCCGAUGAAGACACACGUGUCAAUUGCAACCUCGAUGUGAUCGUUCCCGAGAUCUGCUACUUGCUGAUCUCUCCAGUCUUGCCGCCAGUUGCUAGAUUUGCAACCUUCUUCUCUAGUUUGUCAUUUAUAAGACGACAACCAGGAGAGCAUAUCUCGAACCACGAUGUCUCGAACCUGCUAGUGCGGUAUCCGUCUCUAACGGUUUAUGGAAACAAAGAUUUCUUCACAUCUGCCAAAAAGCUUCGAAGAUGGACCCAGGAUCUCAGUGACAAACCAGGAUCUGCUUUCGAAUACCGUGAAGUAGAGGGAGCAGGGCAUUUCUGGCGGGAAAAGGGCGUUCUGGAGCAAAUGUUAAACCAUAUCAUGGAUUGGGAAUCCUCUCUGCCUUAG